AGCUGCGCGAGUUCGGCGAGUGGUGGGGAGCCUCGCGGCUGGUUCGCUCGGCGUCGCUGCCUCUCCGGCCUUAUAAAGCCGCUCCAAACUCCGCUCGGCAUCAUUCGGCUUACCUCGGUAUCCUGAGUAGCGUAUCGCCAUGGCACCUAAAGCAAGCGGAAAGGCAGUGAAGAAGGCCGGCAAGGCCGUGAAGAACAUCACCAAGGGCGACAAGAAGAAGCACAAGAAGAGGAGGAAGGAGAGUUACGCUAUCUACAUCUACAAAGUGUUGAAGCAGGUCCACCCUGACACCGGUGUGUCGAGCAAGGCGAUGAGCAUCAUGAACAGCUUCGUCAACGACAUUUUCGAGCGCAUCGCCGCCGAAGCCUCUCGCCUGGCCCACUACAACAAGAGGUCGACCAUCACCUCCCGGGAGAUCCAGACCGCUGUCAGGCUCCUGCUUCCCGGCGAGCUCGCCAAGCACGCCGUUAGCGAGGGUACCAAAGCCGUCACCAAGUACACCAGCUCCAAGUAAAUUGGAGCACUUCACUGCCUCUGAUUAAAUAUUUGACAGCCUUUGACUACAGUAUCACACCAAUCGGCCCUUUUCAGGG